CUCGGCGGGGAAUCGAUGCUGAGCCCCGGAAGGGCCUUCGUAGCCGAGUGCGAGGCGCGCCCCUUUCGGGCCUGGCCGCGACACAGGAGGGCCGGCGGGUUGACCCACACGCUUUCUCGCGCGCAGGCCAAGAUUAAGGCCCGAGACCUGCGCGGCAAGAAGAAGGAGGAGCUGCUGAAACAGCUGGACGACCUGAAGGUGGAGCUGUCUCAGCUGCGGGUCGCCAAAGUGACAGGCGGCGCGGCGUCCAAGCUCUCCAAGAUCCGAGUCGUCCGCAAAUCCAUUGCUCGUGUUCUCACCGUUAUUAACCAGACUCAGAAAGAAAACCUCAGGAAGUUCUACAAGGGCAAGAAGUACAAGCCCCUGGAUCUGCGGCCUAAGAAAACGCGUGCCAUGCGCCGCCGGCUCAACAAGCACGAGGAGAACCUGAAGACCAAGAAGCAGCAGCGGAAGGAGCGGUUAUACCCAAUGCGGAAGUAUGCGGUCAAGGCCUGAGCAUCCACGAAUAAAACACAACUGGCUGACA